UGUCAAUAACUGUGCAGCUCUAACAGGAAACAUCAGAGUUUGUGUUUGAUGAAGUUAAUUUGUGUGUACAGUAGGGUUGCAACCUUCAUUUCAGUUGGCAGGUGUAAGAGCUAAACUCGUGUGUUUGUUCUCUAAUGAAUAACUUUUAUAGGUACACAUCACAUCAUGGAAAUCUGAAGCAGUCUUAAUUUAGCAGUCAUACGCGCGCGGUUACCAGAGACAUCUAUCAUCAUGGCCCAGUCAUCUUCUGAAAGCUGUUUAGAGUCUGAGCUCAUCUGUCCCAUCUGUCUCAGUAUCUUUCUCGAUCCAGUCACACUCCCUUGUGCCCACAGUUUCUGCCUCGCAUGUCUGGAAGCCCCCGAGUGUCAAAAAACACCUCAAGAACUUUGUUGUCCAGUGUGUGGAGAGCAACAUCUCAACCCAGAGUCCCUACCGAGAAAUAUUAAACUUAAAAACAUUGUUGAGAGCCUCAAAGACAACAUCAGACUCACAGACGGAGCUGAGCUUCAAUCCACUGUAGAAGACAACAUGGUCAACAAUAGUGAUGGAUCUGUUGAAGCAGACACUGCAGAGGAAAACUGUCAGUCAGCAGAAUUAGAAAAAGUCGUUCCUUUGGAGACUGAAUCGAAUAAACACAUGUCUAGAUUACUACCCAUAAUGAAUAGCUUACAUGAAAAGCUUGCUGUAGUGGAUGAUCUGGUGACUAAAGAGAAGGACAGAGAGGCUUUAGUAAAGGCAACCCAUGCUGAUUUAAGGAAAGAGGUUAGCAGCAUACUGGAGGAAAUGACAGAGCUGAUGAAGACGUACAGCGUUACUGGUAUGAAGCUUCUGGAGGUUGAGUUGAAGCCCAGAGAAGAUGCUGCACAAAAUAGGGUUGUACUGCUUUCAGACCUUCAGCAGAAAUUAAGGACUGCAGAACUUCAGAUCAAUACCCUGAUGGAUGGGAACGAUAGCACCUGUUUUAGUGAUGAUAUCCAAAAGAUCGAAUCCCAAGUUUCCAGCUUGACUCUGGAGCCAUUAAACGAUUCUUCGAGUGAAUUGUUUAGCAGUUUAAAAAAAGUCUGCACGGAAAUGGAACAACACAACGCUCAACUCCGUCUCGGGCUGGGAUCCGCUCAGAGAGCUUUACGAAUCAUCCUCAACCCUUCGGAGGUGACGUUUGACCCUGAGACCAUCCACCCCAACCUGCUCUUGUCUGAAGAUCUAAAAACUCUGACUUUCAGUGUAGUAAAGCAGACGUAUCCGGCCGGUUCUCAGAGGUUUUCCAGUUUCUUCCAGGCUCUGAGCUCCCAAAGCUUCUCCAAAGGAGAACAUCUUUGGAGCGUGAAGGCUGAGGGUUGUCCCUGGGUUUUAGCUCUGUGUUAUGGUGGGUUGGCCCGCUCUGGUUUUGGUAGUGGGCUGGAGAGCAGUGCCGGGUCCUGUUGCCUCAUGUACUGUGAUAACUUACUGAGGGCUUACGAAAAUGGAAAGGACACGCCGCUUAGACGUACACCAUCUCUGAAGAGAGUGGAGAUACACCUGAGCUUCAGUCGCAGUACUUUAGCAUUUUAUAGCAUUAGCGACACGAGUGGGGAAAAAACUCAUCUCCACUCCUUUACGGUGAACUUUACAGAGCCUGUCUAUCUGGCUGUUAGGAUGAUGUCGGGUCAGCCCAAAGCACACAUAACAGUUAACUAAUGAUUUCAUACAAUACUUUGGUAGUUUGUUUCAAGUCUAAAGUUAACACAUGUUCUCUGUGGGAUUUUUGUCUACUUUCUGCUUUUAAGAAAAACAUUUUUUUAAGAUUAUUUGGCAAAAUGGAGCCACACAGUUGCAACAUUUAUGUCUUUGUGUCUACUAUACUAAGGUCCAUUCAUGUGUCGUUAAAGUCAAAUUAAUGACAGAUCCCAUAAAAACUGUCCUAACAUGCGGCAUGCCCUAAAAUAUAUUUUAAUGGAUGUUAUUUGUUCCCUCUUAUGUUCACCUCUCAUGCACGCUGGUUUCAACAUUAUCGUCUAAACAAAUAAAUAAAUAAAUAAAACACAAUAUUUGAUUUUAUUAUAUGCAUUUAAUGUUGAAAACAUGAAAAAGUUAUGUUUGUUUGUCUUUACAUUUGCAUUUCAAAUAGUACAGUUCGAAAAGCAUGCUUUUCUUAUAACAUGUUUACUUUUUUUUUGCUGAAAUAAAAAAUAACAUCUACCUCU